GAAAGGAAGUCAGUAGAGAAAAGAAAACAAGAGAACGAGUACAGAGAAUCACAAUUUGUGUAGGCAGGGUGAGAGAGACGGCGCAAUAUUUCCAACAAAGUCAACAAAGUUUGGCCGGUCGUUGUUUCUGAGAAUUCCCAGAAAUGUAAUUGUGCCGACAUGAAUCCAACGUAAAUCCAUGGCCAUGGGAAUGAAGCUUCUCUGGUUCAAAAACUGGUGAUCCUCAAUGCUAAUGUUGUCGUCUCUUGUCCUGCCUGCGCUAACACUUCCAAACGAAACAAGACAAAGCGAAAGAGCUCAGCUUAAAUAUUUGUCAUUUUCCAGACGGUAGGUUACGUAAUACAGCAGUGCAGUUUAAUUGCAAUUUACAAAAACAACCAGUAAAAGGUCGGCCACUCAACAAGAAUUAGAAAACUGCAUCGUAUCCCACAAUGGCGCCGAGCACUAGCAACCCCGUGAUCGACCCGAGGAGCGGUUUCUGCAAUUCCAACUCCAUCUUCUACAGCAAACGCAAGCCCACUGCGCACCCACCGAACCACUCCCUGGACGUCACGACGUUCAUCUCGUCCCGGGCCCACCAUGGUAAGGUCGCCUUCGUGGACUCCUCCACUGGCCGCCAACUCACCUUCGCCGAUCUCUGGCGAGCCGUCGAUUCUGUCGCCACGUUCCUCUCCGACACUGGCGUCAGGAAAGGCCAGGUCAUCCUCAUCCUCUCCCCAAACUCCGUCUUCAUCCCCGUGGUGUGCCUUGCCGCCAUGUCCCUAGGCGCCAUAAUAACUACCGCUAAUCCCCUCAACACCGCCCGAGAAAUCGCCAAGCAGAUAGCCGAUUCGAAACCGAUUCUCGCUUUCACUACUCGCCAACUCGUCCCGAAACUCUCCGAGUCGCCGAAUCUCCUCCGAAUCGUAUUGCUCGACGAGCAGUCUAAACCCGUCGUUGGAAACCCUAGGAUUGUGGCCACGUUGGAGGAAAUGCUGAAGAAGCAGCCGAUUGGGACGCGCCGAGUCAGGGACCGAGUCCACCAGGACGACACGGCAACUAUUCUCUACUCGUCAGGCACCACCGGGGCGAGCAAAGGCGUGGAGACUUCGCACAAAAGCUUCAUAGCGAUGGUUCAGAACUUCAUCUGUCGGUUCGGAUCAGACGAAGGAGAGCACAGGUUCAGCUGCGUCGUCCCAAUGUUUCACGUCUACGGUCUAGCAUACGCGCUGGCGCUACCCGCAUUGGGAGCAACGGGAGUGAUCCUCUCCAAGUACGACAUGCACGAUAUGCUCUCGGCGAUCGAGAAGUACCGGAUCAAAAACAUCUCGAUCGUGCCGCCGAUACUGGUGGCUCUCGUGAACGGCGCGGAUCAGAUACGGUCCAGGUACGAUUUGAGCUCGCUGCGCACGGUUUCGUGCGGUGGGGCCCCGCUGAGCAAGGAGGUGAUGGAGAUGAUCGUGGAGAGGUAUCCGACGGUGGCGAUUCUUCAGGCGUACGGGUUGACGGAAUCGACGGCGACUGGGGCGUCCACGAACUCGCUGGAGGAGAGUAGGCGGUACGGUACGGUGGGGCUGCUGUCUCCGAACAUGGAGGCGAAGAUUGUGGAACCGAAGACCGGUGAGGCUCUAUCGGUGAACCGGACCGGCGAGAUUUGGCUUAGAGGUCCCCCCAUCAUGAAAGGUUAUUUCGGUAAUGCAGAAGCGACAGCAUUAACUCUUGAUCCAGAGGGAUGGUUGAAAACUGGAGAUCUCUGCUACAUUGACGAUGAUGGCUUCAUUUUUGUGGUUGAUAGGUUGAAGGAGCUUAUUAAAUACAAGGGAUAUCAGGUCCCUCCAGCGGAACUAGAGGCCUUGUUACUCACUCAUCCAGAAAUCUCUGAUGCUGCUGUUGUGCCAUUUCCUGAUAAGGAUGUUGGACAGUAUCCCCUGGCUUACGUGGUAAGAAAAGCUGGAAGCAAUUUAUCUGAGGGUGCAGUCAUGGACUUCGUAGCGGGACAGGUGGCUCCAUACAAGAGAAUCAGGAGAGUGGCAUUUAUAGCUUCUAUACCCAAGAAUCAGUCUGGCAAGAUUCUUCGCAAGGAUCUUGUACAACUUGCAACCUCAAAACUUUGAAUUGUAUGGUUUUCGAUCUGCUGGGAUUUUGCGGCGGCAAGGCAGUAAUGUGGAAGUGUAAACUCAUGUUUUGCAACCGCGAAAUGGAGAUUUGGCUAGUCUAAGGGGUGGCAAUUCUUGGUUAUUAGAAAUUUAGAAGAGUUGGCAAUUCAGGUACAUAGGUCGUGUCCUGUCGAGUAAAUUCGGGUUUAUAGGUUGUGUCGUGUAGAGUCGAGUCAUGGGUAUACGAUUAUAUAAAUCGAUACGAAUAUGACUCAUUUAAUUAACCAUGUCAAAUGCAUUAGAAAGACGUCGCUUUUGUCAUAUUUGUUAGUGAACAAUGAAAGUAAUAUACCUAGGUGAAGUUGUUUACCAAGCACCAAGUGAGGGAUGAGGAUCCCGUGCAAUAGGGCAGCCACACGUGAGAGCCUGUUCAGGCCUAUCUUCUCGGGCAGCCUGAACAAGAAGACCUCAAAUAGGCAGCAAAUAGUUCUGUUUGGUGCAGAUGAAUAAUGGUUUCACAUUCAAGUAGGGCCUUAGCAUGCAUGCUGGCUGCAUACACUGCACGGUAUUGCUUGGUUUCGUGUGGGCAAGGCCGGGGACUUGAGCGUACUGGGCUGGUAGUUGGUUAUAUGGAGGGUGAUGAAGCUGUUGGGCAGAGAAGCAGAGACGAAAACAAGGGGGACCAGCGUAGGCCAUGGCCUCCCCCUAUGUUGAAAGAUUAUAGUAAAAAUGCUUUAAAAUUCAUAUUUUGGCCAAAAACUUUUAAUUUGGCCCCUAUCCCUUCAAGUGUAUUCUUUCUUAAGAGUGAAACUUAUCAUUGAAUUUUCAAAUGAAUAAAAUUUAAAGUGUGCACAA